AUGUCUUUCCACGCCUCCGCUACCAGCAUUCACCUUGAAGAUGGCCACAUUCUCAAGGCUACUCUCCUGAACGGGGAAGGUGAUGAGGUCGAGGCGACCCUCGACCUGAAUGAUAUUAUCGGGAACAACAAUGGCACUUUCGAUUGGGGCGGUGUCAACUUCGCCGACAGCGCCGAAAACAUCGAAUUCUCCCAAGACGAGCGUGAGGACGGCCCUCCGAUUCCCGUGGUUCGCGCCCACUUGGGAAAUCUGGACGGGGAUAUGGUCCCGGCGGAUAUCAACUUGGCCGAACGCAUCACCAAUGACAAUGGCGAGUUGAGGUUCGUCUAG